AUGCUUCGUGUGAAAGUCAGCAUCACGAUAAGACUUGAAGCACCAAGGUCUCUUGUGACUCCAGACCAUAUAUAUGCUGUCACUGUUGUUACCGCCACAGAUCGUCCUGCUCACUCCAACACCUCCAACAUGAGGUUUGCUUGUAUCGUCGCUGUGGUGACGCUCCUGGUCGUCUCCUGCCACGCCGACCCCGGAGGCUCUGGUGGAGGUAGAGGUGGAGGCUCUGGUGGAGGUGGAGGCUACGGAGGAGGAGGUGGAGGCUCUGGUGGAGGUGGAGGCUACGGAGGAGGUGGAGGCUCUGGUGGAGGUGGAGGCUAUGGGGGAGGUGGCGGAGGCUCUGGUGGAGGAAGUUAUGGAGGCGGUGGAAGUUCUGGAGGUAGUGGCGGAGGAUACGGAGGCUCAAGUAGUAGUGGAGGCUCCAGAGGAGGUGGUGGUGGUGGCGGAGGAUAUGGAGGAUCAAGUGGUGGUGGAGGAGGCUCUGGUGGAGGUGGAGGCUACGGGGGAGGUGGUGGAGGCUCUGGUGGAGGAAGUGGUGGAGGAGGAUAUGGAGGCGGUGGAAGAUCUGGAGGAGGUGGGGGCCACGGAGGCAGUGGAGGUUCUUCAGGAGGUUAUGGAAAGUAA